GGCUUAAGGAGGAGAAUCUGACUCUUUGUCUUUAAAAAGCAAAGCUGAAUUUUUGUUGCUAGGGGGAGUGUUGUGCUUGGUUCUUGUCUGUACUCCGGAAGGCUGCUGUAUAAGAAAAACCAGGCAUGUGUCGAACACCAACCAGAUGAACCAAGUGAAUAAACCCAGAAGACAGUAAUGGAGAGAUCAUUUCCGUGAGCCUGGGGGCAAGGCCGGCCUCUACACCACAGCGCACCUUGCUCCCUCUGUGAAAGAUGGAGCUCCUGGAUGAGGCCCCCGCCCAGGUGGAAAGGCUGAGGAGGACGCUGACGACCCGCAGGCACCGGGGAACGGAAAGGCUGCCGGAGGCUGCCGGCCCCCCCGUGCCGCGGACGGAGGAAGGGAGCCGCGCCAUUAUGGCAGCGGGACCGGCCGGCGCGACCUCUGAGGCGCUGCGCGACUUGCCACCUGUUCCUUCUACAUCAAGAGCAGGCUCUGCAGAAUUUUCUGUUAGGGAGCGAAUGAGAGAGAAACUCAAAGCAGCAAGGUCAAAAGCAGAAAUUACUUUAUUGCAAGAAGACCCCAGUCCACGACCAAGGCGUUUAAAAAGCAUCAGAGAAAGGAAAACAGAAGUCAGAUUGGAUAAAGUGUCUGAUGUUGAUAAAUUUAGGGAGAUGCAAGAGGAUGAAUCCCACUUACAACCAAAAAUAAAGUUACGUGAUUCUGUAAAAAAGCUUAAGCAAAAGUUAACAAAUGAUUUUCCUUCUGCUGAAGAAGCAUAUAAUUUCUUUACCUUCAAUUUUGAUCAUGAACCAGAGAGUAUAAAGGCUGAAGCCAGGAAAAGGAAUGAAUUAAAUGAAGAGGCGGCAGAGGAGGAAUGUGUAGAAACCCAUGCGGAUGAACAAGAGGAGGAUGAAAUGGAUGAAGAUGUACGCCUAGUUAAAGAUGAUGAUUUAUUCAUUAUAGGGCAGACAGCUGAAGAUUUUCUAAUAAUGAAACCUGCUGAUUGUGAAAGCUAUUCUGAACAACUGAAAAAGGAAAAAGAAUUUCUCUUCAUUCCCAGCAUGUUAGCAGUGCCCACUUCUAAGAAGAUGCCUGAAAACAUGCAGCCUAGGUACCUUGAGGAUGAGGGUCUCUACACAGGAGAAAGGCCCUUUGUAUCACAGCCUAAUCAAAAUAUUUUAGAAAACAGAAUACUUAGACAGGAGCAAGGGAAAGAGUGGUUUGGUGAUGAUGGCAAAAUCUUAGCAUUGCCUAAUCCAAUUAAACAGUCUUUUACUAGGCCUCCAAUAUUCUCAUUGGAAGAAGGCAUUGCACCAGAACUUGAAACAGUGUAUAGAAAGGCAAUAAAAAUGACAGCUGCCAAUCAGUAUCUUGUUGGACCUGGAGAUUUUCAGGGGCCAUUCCAAUUGGAUAUUGAUAUUUCUGGACUGAUAUUCACCCAUCAUCCCUGUUUUAGCCGUGAGCAUGUGUUAGCAGCUAAAUUGGCUCAAUUAUAUGAUCAGUAUUUAGCAAGAAAACAGAAGAAUCUUACCAAACUUCUCACAGACAAGCUGCAUGCUUUGAGGAAUGCUGUGCAAUAUAGUAUAGACGGUGGUGAUGAUGGUGUUCCUAGACCCGUGGCACAACAGAGCAUACCUGAAUACAAAUUUGAGAUCAGGCAAACCAGAAGACUUCGUGAUGCUGAACAAGAAAAAGACAGAAUGUUGCUUAAGACCAUUAUAAAAGUUUGGAAACAAAUUAAAUCCCUCCGUGACUUUCAGAAGUUUACUAACACACCCAUGAAACUUUAUUUGAGGAAGGAAGAGGUUGAUCAGAAAUUAGAUGAAAAAGCAUACGAAGCAGAAAUUCAGGCUGAGAUAAGUGAAUUACUAGAAGAAUGUAUGGAAGAAUAUGAAAAGAAAAUGGAGGAGUAUAAAACUGAGCUACAAGAGUGGAAAUCCUGGAAGAAGACACAGAAGUCCAAGAAGAAAAAGAAGAAAAAAGACAGUCAUGGAGAAGAAGAAUCGGUAGAGGAUUAUGAUCUUGUUGAGGAACGUGUAAAACCCAUCCUACCUAAAAUGGCCAACAGCCUGGAAAUAGAGCAGCAAGUUAGAGAAAAAGCUGACAACUGCAGAAGGAAACCUGGAGAGCCUGUUCUAAUUCCUGAACUAGUCCUGUCAGGAAGUGUAACUCCAACUGAGCUGUGUCCUCGAGCAGAAGUUUUGCGACGAGAAGAUGUGAAGAAACGUUCUGCAUUUAUAAAAGUCCUUUUCAAUUCCAAAGAAGUAUCAAGGACUGUUACCCGACCAAUAAGUUCAGAUUUCAGAGUUCACUUUGGACAGAUUUUCAAUUUACAAAUAUUCAACUGGCCAGAGAGUUUGAAACUACAGAUAUAUGAAACAAUGGGUAUGAGCAGUACCACCUUGUUGGCUGAAGUGUUCAUACCUGUUCCUGAGACUACAAUUCUGACAGGCAGUGCUCCUAUGGAAGAAAUAGAGUUCAGCAGCAAUCAGCGUGUGACGUUGGACCAUGAAGGAGUUGGGAGUGGUGUGUCCUUUUCAUUUGAAGCUGAUGGUAGCAACAAAAUGACUUUAAUGACCUCUGGGAAAGUAUCCAAUAGUGUCUCUUGGGCAGUUGGAGAGAAAGGAAUCCCCUUAAUUCCUCCAAUAUCUCAGCAAAACAUGGGAAUUCCAAGUGCUUUAAAAAAUAUUGAUGCUAUUGCAUCCAUUGGCACAUCAGGCUUAACUGACAUGAAGAAACUAGCUAAGUGGGCAGCGGAAGCAAAACUUGAUCCAAAUGACCCAAACAAUGCAGCUCUGAUGCAGCUGAUCAUGGUUGCUACAAGUGGAGAGGCACGGGUUCCUGAUUUCUUCAGAUUGGAACAGUUGCAGCAAGAAUUUAAUUUUGUUUCUGAUGAGGAAUUUAAUAGAUCAAAGAGAUUCCGACUCUUGCAGCUCAGAAAUGGGGAGGUGGCAGAGUUCCGAAACUAUAAGCAAGUCCCUUUGCAUGAACGAGAAAUCAGUGAGAAAAUCUUCCAGGACUAUGAGAAGAGACUGCAAGAGAGGGAUGUGAUUGACAGCAAAAAUUACCUAGAUGCACACAGAGCAAUUGUUGCCAGCUAUCUACAAAAGGUUCGAGAAUCAGUAAUAAACCGUUUCCUUAUAGCAAAACACCAUUUCCUUCUCUCUGACCUUGUCAAUGAAGAUGAGAUUCCCAGCCUGGAUUCUGAGGGUCCAGGUAUUUUGGGACUCAGCCUCUUUAAACUGGCAGAGCCAAAACGACCAUUAAAGCCAAGAAGAAAAGAAAGGAAGAAGGUCACAGCACAGAAUUUAUCAGAUGGGGACAUAAAACUGUUAGUGAACAUCGUUAGAGCUUAUGAUAUUCCAGUGAGAAAACCAGUGAUGAGCAAACUUCAACAACCAUCCAAAGCUUCAAGGUCCUUUAAUGAGAUGUUUGCAGCCUCUCCAUCAGCUCAGAGCCCAACUGAUAGCUCAGAUUGGGCAUUCAACCAGGUUUUAGUCCGUCCCUUUGUAGAAGUUUCUUUUCAACGAACAGUCUGCCGGACAACAACAGCAGAGGGUCCAAACCCCAACUGGAAUGAGGAACUUGAGCUUCCAUUUAGAGCUCCUAAUGGUGACUACAGUACCCACAGUUUGCAGUCAGUGAAGGAUGAAGUCUUCAUUAAUGUUUUUGAUGAAGUACUACAUGACACUGUAGAGGAUGAUCUUGAAAGAGGAAGUGGGAUCCGCACUCAUGUUGAGAGACACUGGCUGGGAUGUGUUAAGAUUCCAUUUACUACCAUAUAUUUUCAAGCGAGGAUCGAUGGUACGUUUAAAGUAGAUAUUCCUCCAGUCCUCCUUGGCUACAGCAAAGAAAAGAACCUGGCAAUCGAGAGAGGUUAUGAUUCUGUGCGAAAUCUGAGUGAGGGCUCAUAUAUAACACUGUUUAUAACCGUUGAACCACAGCUCAUUCCUGGAGAGUCAGUCAGAGAGAAGAUGAAUGAAAUGCUUAAGAAGUUUGAUACCCAAGAAGAUGAGAAGUUGCUCCAGGCAGCAGAAAAGUAUGAAGCUGAAUGUACAUCAAAGUUUCCAAGCCGCCAAUGCCUAACAACUGUAAUUGACCUCAGUGGGAAAACAGUUUUUAUUACCAGAUAUGUCAAACCUCUGAAUCCACCACAGGAGCUUCUUGAUGCUGUCCCAAAUAGUGCUCAAACAGCAGCAGAAUUGGUGGCUCGAUAUGUUGCUUUGAUUCCUUUUUUGCCAGAUAGUGUGUCAUUUGCUGGAAUUUGUGAUUUAUGGAGUACAUCAGAUCAAUUUCUUUAUCUUCUGGCGGGAGAUGAGGAAGAACACGCCGUGCUCUUGUGUAAUUAUUUUCUUGGCAUGGGGAAAAAAGCCUGGCUUAUCAUUGGAAAUGCUAUUCCUGAGGGACCAACUGCGUAUGUAUUAACUUUGGAACAAAGUCAAUAUGUAAUUUGGAAUCCCAGUACUGGAUGUUUUUAUGGGCAGUAUGAUACUUUCUGCCCCUUACAAAAUGUGUACUGUCUGAUCAGCUGUGAUAACGUCUGGUUUAAUAUGCAAGAAUAUGAUUCCCCAGUAAGGAUAAAUUUUGAUAUCAGCAAACCAAAACUUUGGAAGUCUUUCUUUUCAAGAAGCUUGCCAUACCCUGGUCUCAGCAGUGUUCAGCCUGAAGAAUUAGUUUAUCAGCCGUCGGACAAGGCUGCUGCGGUGGAACUACAGGGCAGGAUUGAAAAAAUAUUAAAAGAUAAGAUUAUGGAAUGGAGACCAAGGCACCUAACUCGUUGGAACAGAUACUGUACUUCUACCCUACGUAACUUUUUGCCACUGCUGGAGCAAAACCAAGGCAAAGAUGUAGAGGAUGACCAUCAGGCAGAGCUGCAAAAACAGCUAGGAGAUUACAGGGUCUCUGGAUUUCCUAUUCAUAUGCCAUUUUCUGAAGUCAGACCUUUAAUAGAAGCUGUACACAGCACAGGAGUUCAUACCAUUGACGUUUGCAAUGUUGAAUUUGCUCUAGCUGUGUAUAUUCAUGCUUACCCCCAAAAUGUUCUCUCUGUAUGGAUUUAUGUUGCUUCACUUGUUCGAAACAGGUAAUAUAGACCCCUCAGAAUACCUUAAGAAAUUUGCAGAUUUCUCACGCUGCUGAUUUGAGCUAUCCCAAGUAUUUCAAAAAUUGAAGAUACUACUUACUACUGCUAAGGAACAGACUGACAGCUCAAAAUUCCAGUACUAGUAAGUGAUUUUUAUACCGUAUUUUGUAGCUCCCAGAGGGACAUUACAGUCUUAAAAGCAUUACACAUGCCCACGUAUAGUGGCAUUGCAGAGUAAAAUGGUAGAGUUUAGCCACCUUGUUUUCAGGUGAAACUUGAUUCCUGGAAUCAUGUCUUGAAGACUGUUUUUAGCUAGUCAGUUUAUUUUAUCUACAGAUUUUGCUCCUCUUCAAAGCCGCUGGCAAAUACAAAUAGUUGCAGUUUUCCAGUACCUGAGUUCCUGAAGGAAGAUCGGGACUAUGUAGCCAUGAGUAAAUUUCAUGUGCCAAAGAGUCAUCAGUGAGGGCCACACUUCAGUUUUUAAGAGGCUGCUUCAUACUUAGUGUCUGUAUAAUGCCAGCACCAUUUAGAAGUGUAAGAUGACAUUUUAUUUAGAAGUGAAAAGACAAAGUAUUUAAUAAAUAUUUAUACUAAAACCUAA